UUUUUUUUAAUUUAAAAUUUCAUAUUUGACUCAUUUUGUUUAGUGGAUACACUUAGAAUACAUUGCUCAUCCCCACGAGUAUAAAUAGUCAUGCGGUCCUUUCGUAUGUUUCGGCUAAUCCUAAGAAACAAUCUAGAAUGCUAUCUAAACUACAGUUUUGUCCUUAGGGUCUUUAGAAUUUGUGCUGGUACCUGCUUGGGGUGUAAAAUGUCGUUGUAGUUUUAUUGUUCUGGUCCAUAAAUGCUUUUUUAAUAUUCAAACGUUAUAUAUUUUAAUACUUUUCACUAGAUUUUUAAUUUCAAGUACUAUAAAGAAUAGGUAGUUUUUCCCUGAUCAGGGAACAGUUAGGAAGUAGACAACAGUUUCUUCUUGCUUGUUAUUUGUCUAGUCUGAGAAUCCACCAUCAUUACCAUUUGAUCUCUCUAAAUUUGUGUUAUUUUUUCUGGUUCCAAUAUGGAGUUUGUUUCAAAGGUGUCCGUCUUGGCUUUGGGUAUUACUGCUCUGUUCAUUGUAGACCCUGUUUUGGGUUAUAGACAUUGGAAAACGUCUAAUGCUGAGAAAGUGAGCAAUGGUGGAAGUGAAGAUCUUGUAACUGACUUGCCUGGCCAGCCUCACGUAGACUUCCGGCACUAUGCGGGCUAUGUGACGGUGAAUCAAACAAAUGAAAGAGCUCUUUUUUACUGGUUUUAUGAGGCUGCUUCUAACCCAGAUGGCAAACCUUUGGUUCUGUGGCUUAAUGGAGGUCCUGGGUGCUCUUCUGUGGGAUACGGAGCAACACAAGAGAUAGGACCUUUCUUGGUUACAGAUAGUGAUGGAAUUCAAUUUAAUUCCUUUUCAUGGAAUACAGAGGCCAACAUGUUAUUCCUGGAAUCUCCAAUUGGGGUUGGCUUUUCAUACUCAAACACAAGUAGUGAUUAUGAUAAUAUGGGGGAUGACUUUACAGCUAAUGAUGCUUACACUUUCCUGCACAACUGGUUCCUCAAGUUUCCAUCAUACAGAAAUCGAACCUUCUACAUUGCUGGGGAGAGCUAUGCAGGAAAAUAUGUCCCAGAGCUCGCUGAGCUAAUCUAUGACAAUAACAAAGACCCAUCCCUUCAUAUUGAACUCAAGGGUAUUCUGCUAGGAAAUCCAGAGACAUCAGACGCAGAGGACUGGAGAGGGCUGGUGGAUUAUGCUUGGAGCCAUGCUGUGAUAUCAGAUGAAACUCACAAAGCAAUCAUAGAAAACUGUGAUUUCAACAGCAAUGAUACAUGGAGCAACAAAACAUGUAAUGAAGCUGUGGAUGAAGUAUUUGAUCAGUACAAGGAGAUUGACAUUUACAGCCUUUACACCUCAGUUUGUCUUGGUGACUCCGCAAGCUCACCCGGUGGUUCACUUCAAGAAAUGAUGAUGAAACGCUCAUCCACAAUGAUGCCAAGAAUCAUGGGUGGAUAUGAUCCAUGCCUUGAUGGUUAUGCAAAAACCUUUUAUAACAGACCUGAUGUGCAGAAAGCUCUCCAUGUCAGUAAUGGGAUUCAGCUCAAGAACUGGAGCAUAUGCAAUAAUACAAUGUUUGAACACUGGUCCUACUCAAAGUCCUCUGUCCUACCCAUUUACAAGAAACUUAUUGCAGGAGGACUCAGAAUAUGGGUUUACAGUGGAGACACAGAUGGAAGAGUACCUGUUUUGUCUACAAGAUACAGCUUAAAAACUCUUGGAUUGCCAAUCACCAAGCCAUGGAGGCCUUGGUACCACCAGCAGCAGGUCAGUGGUUGGGUUCAAGAGUACAAAGGGCUUACAUUUGCAACGUUUAGAGGCGCUGGGCAUGCUGUGCCCUGCUUCAAACCUGAGAAUUCACUUGCAUUCUUUGCUGCCUUUCUACAAGGAUCGCCUCCUCCUUCCAAACGUUAAAGUGGAUAUAGUUAUAUGCUACAAUGAUGUAUGGAGAAUGCUUUAAGAGCACUCUUAAAAGAUUUUGCUUCUAGUGUUAGUGCUUGUCAAUAUAGCUGAAAAAUGCCAAAAAUGAAAAUAAGAAAAUGGUGGGGGGUGUGCAACUCUUCACAGAGGAUGAUCUUUC